CACAUUUUCUAUUGAAAAACGGUACCUUUAUUAGGAUGUGGGCCACUGUACUACUCAGUCGGAAGAGGCUGAAGGUCAGUGUGGAGUAGAGGGGCUUCCUCAGCGUAGGAGGACCACAAGGAUCUCUAUGGCAGUGAAAGAGCCAGGGGGUCCCAUUCAUCCGUUAUCUGCCCUGCUGUAUCAGUCUCAGAACAUCAACACACUCUCUUCAGAGGAUUUCAUCAGACUCCUCAGGGAAUCUAUGGUGGAACUGAGACAACCCCAGCCAAUAGCAAGUGAGGAGGUGACAUGGCCAGGGGAGCACCAAAACAGGAGAGGGAGCUGUCGGAACCUGAGUCUGACCAUCCAGGCCCUUAGGCACCACCUCCCUAGACCCUCCCCAGUGGGUAUGAUGACUGACAGGCUGGGAGAGCAGGGAGACACAGAGCCACCUGAUCAUCACCUGCCUCUUAUAGCUGCGGAGAAACCCUGGACCCCGGCACACCUCUCCUCUCAAUCCCUGUCCAAGGAGACCUCUGAAUCUAUGUUCUCUUUCACAUCUUCCCCCUCACUGCCCUGCCUGAGACCGGGCAUCCCAUAUGUGUAUGGGAGCACAGUAAUGCUACAGCGGAUCUCAUCCCUGCUCAGUGAUAGAGGACGGUGCCAGAACAGUCAGGGUGACAGCCCUUCCCCCCCAGCAGACAUACUCCUCCCAGACUACCCUGACCGGACUCUGACACUAGAGGGUGCCACAGACCCUGUCUCCUUCAACAGCCUCAGUAAAGACAGCAUGGAGGUGGAGGAGCUGGUGUUCUCCACUGAGUGGGGAGUGGAGGACAUAAUGACCUGUGAUAUACCAGGAGACGACGUCUUCAAUGUGGAAGAGGAGGCAGUUCCUCCUGUAGAUGUAACGUUAGACAGAAGGCAUAGUCUGAGCAGACUGAACCUCCAUCCUCAGUUCUACAGUAAUGAGGACAACCAAUCAGUGCCCUCUGUAUCUGAGAUCCAAGUGGAGAGUCACAACUUCCUGACACCUGACUAUGAGAAAAUGGACUACUACAAGGAGGUUACUGACAAAAUCAUGCAUGCACCAAGUGUGAGAGACGUGUGGAGCAUCAUGCCUGGAGGGGACAAAUCAGGGAACAUCCGCUCCCAGACCUCCACCUUCUCUGGGGCUGUUGCUGCCUCAUCUCACUGCUUCCUGGAGCUGGAGCCCUUACAGAGGGCAUUCGACCCUCCACCGCUUGAGGAUUCAGUGGAAUGUUUCCGCCGGGACUCCCAGGAUGCAGUGGACCAACCGGAGAUCCUGACCUCCUGUGCACUCACUGAGACCACCGAGGAUCUGCUCUCUGAGCUCCACCAGACCUUCUGCUUCCUGGAGGAGCUGGGAGACACAGGCUCCAGUGGCCCAGAGACAGAGAGAGGCUCUACCCUGGAGGGGGAGCAAGACAGUGGGGCUUCCGGGAGGUACAUCAGGCCCUUCUCUCUCCAGGACUCCUCUCUGCUCAUCCCCCUGCGGAGGUCCGCACGCUCCAGACAGCUACAGGUUCCUGGGUUGUCUCUGUCCCCUAGGACUAGCCCCAGCUGCACCCCCCAGCUCAGCCCCUCCUCAGCCCUAGAGACAUCCAGGGAUAGGUUACCUGGAGGGGGGAAGGCCUCGCACAAGGAGGAUGCAUCAUGCUUCAGAAGCACCCCAGAGGAUAGGCUAGGCCACUGUAAGCUGGGCAGCUGGUGGAAACAAGCCCUGGAGACCCGGAGGGCAUCCACUGGCCUACUCCCUGCCAUAGAGCAGGUGUCCACGAUCUCACGAGAAAAGAGGGCCUCUCUCGUCCCAGGGCAACCCUACUCCCACAGUACGAUCAACAUCCAGGAGUCUCCGGCCAAGCAGAGAGGAGACAAGUGGGAGGUCAAACAGGCGGAGAAAGAGGAACUGCUGGAACGGAGGGGCUCUGGGAAGUUGCCCCACCAGCGAGUGGAGCAGGACUUGGCGAGCCAUAGGGGAGCCAGAGUGAAGAAGGGCAAACGGGUGAAGAAGGCAUGAGGACAUCCCGUUACACAUCUAUACUGUCAUUCUGUGGAGUGACGAACAAUCAGUGUAUGUGUGUAAAAUGUAUAAUUGACCAAAUCCUGUAUGGUAUCACUGUUGUGCUACACUUCAAACCACUGUAAAUUUAGUUAGGUGCAGACUGUUAUUAAAUGUUUUUUACUUGGCAGAUACAAAUAUUUAUUUCUCACUGAAAAGAUUUGUUGUUUGUCACAGUAAUGGCUCCACAGUAAUGGCUCCACAGUAAUGGCUCCACAGUAUGCAUGGACAGAUAAUCCAAAUGGUGUGGUUGCAUCUAAACACAUGACGUUUCUCUUUUAUCUAAAAAAAGAUUCCAUUUUGAGCAUGGUGGUGAUCGUCACCAUGGCUGUCAUGGAUGACCAAUGGUGCAGUGACCUUAGUACACCACAUCACCUAUACGGUCACCUCACAUCAUCACCUCUCCUGUCACCUCUUUGAGCUCUUCAUCUGACAGGUCCUGAUUCCUUUGGCGACCCCUCCUCUCCUAUAGGCUGCUGGUGUGUUCUGGACACAUCCUCCUCCUUAUACAGUUAUCACACACACACACACACACACACACACACGGAAAAGCUCAUCAAUAGUUAAUCUCUCAGUAAUUAUUGACAUGGGUUAAAUUAUUUAAUACUUCACGAACCCAGUCGAGAUUAAGAAUAGUGGAUUCUGGGUCAUUUGCAUAUCGUCUCAAUGAUCUGAAUAGAUGCAAGGUCAUUUGGAUUGACUAUAAGGAUACAGAUAAACUCUGGACUAACUCAUUCUAAAAGCACCACAUGGUGUCCUUGGAUAUGUCAGUUUCCCCCUUUUACAAAGGAUUUGCCUUGCUGCUAUUCCAUCUCAUGAAAAAUGGAUGACCUCCCAGUGCUAGUUGCUGCCGCCUUCUCUCCUCACAUUUGCACAGUGCCCUGAGAUUGCAUGUAUGUUAGCAUCCCUCCCCCUCUCUCAAUUUUGGAGGUGGAGGGGGUUGAAUAACUUAACACACAUUUCAGCAUGACAUUUCUGCUUGGGGUCUCCCGUCCAUGAGCCAGGCCCACACACACACUGCACUAUUACCAAAGAUAUGUGUGUCAUCUUCUGGAGUUGUUAGGCCUCCCUGCAUGACCUCACCAGGUGUGACAGCACCUCUGAUACCCAUUUGGUGCAUGGGGCUGGAGGAACAGGACCAGCCAGUGUUUUGGAUGCUUUAGUUUACACCUCAACAAUCAUGAUUGGGAUUGGCUGCACAUUUUUUUUUUUCGAAUCCAAAGAACCUUUCAUACAGUAGAAUAUCUUCAUCCUAGUUAAAUAAAGGUUCAAUAAAAAAUGUAAUCCACAUCUUACAGCGCAGUAUAGUAAUUCAUGAUUUGAGCACAGAUAAAGAUCUUCCAAAUGGAAAUAUUCUAGGGGCAAAAACCUGUCUGGAAGUAAUGAUGCUCGAAAACAUAUCAGGACACGCGGUCUGGAAAAUAAAUAAAUGCUCUGACCACAUACAUCCAAUAACUCCCACUAAUUUGAAUACUGAUAAAAAUCGUGGAAACCUGGGCUCUGCACUGCAACAAAAUUACACAUAAAUCAUGUGCAGAGCAGACAAGGUUAAAAAUCCCAACCAAACAUGAUGGAUAUAAAUUGCUGUCUGAUGUUUGUAAAUCAUUCUUAUAAAUAAUUGUCUGUGUGCGACUGGAGGCGCUCUGGAAAAUGCAGGGCGAUUAAUACUUGCUAUUGCAAAACUCUCCAUGCGAGUUCCCUUCUGACCCCUGUAAUGUACUUUUUUAUUGCUAUUUCAUCUAUUUCUUCAUCUUCAAAACGAGCGUCCUUAACCUUCCCCAGUGUAGAUUCAUAUAGGCCACAGUAAGCCCCAUCUUUGUAGGGGGUUAAUAUAGAAUAUUCAAUUGAUUUUGAACAAUAAAACAAAAUAAUGCAGAUAUAACAGCUGCUACCUUCUUUAACAUGGAAAUAAUUUGCAGCUUAUUUUCAAAACACUAUAUCCACCAAUGUUGGUGUUUUGUCAUCAGAAAUG